UUUACCGGUCGUGUAUUAUUGUAUUUAGGUAAAAGUUCGUUAUAAAUAAUUUCGGCCCGUAAAGUUCGUGACUUCACUGUAUAAUCGAACUUACUGUGUGUAAUAGAGCAAAUAGACAAUUAUGGAAGCACUUAUACCAGUUAUUAAUAAAUUGCAAGAUGUAUUUAAUACGGUUGGAGCAGAUGCCAUUCAGUUACCACAAAUCAUAGUUUUAGGAACACAGAGUUCUGGCAAGAGUUCAGUGAUUGAGAGUCUGGUCGGGCGCUCUUUCCUCCCCCGCGGUCCCGGCAUCGUGACCAGGCGCCCGCUGAUAUUGCAGCUGGUGUACAGCCCUAAAGAUAGCAAGGAGCAUCGGUCCGCUGAAGAAGGUACUGUAAACUUAGAAGAAUGGGGCAAAUUCCUGCACACAAAAGACAAGAUCUACACAGACUUCGACCAGAUCCGGCAAGAAAUAGAGCGGGAGACGGACCGGAUGGCAGGCAACAACAAGGGUAUCUGCCCGGAGGCCAUCAACCUCAAGAUUUUCUCCACCAAAGUUGUCAACCUCACCCUUGUGGACUUACCUGGCAUCACCAAAGUACCUAUCGGUGACCAACCAGAAGACAUUGAGAACCAAAUCCGAAACCUAAUAGUCAAGUACAUAUCCAACCCGAACUCCAUAAUCCUGGCAGUGACGGCUGCCAACACAGACAUGGCCACCAGUGAAGCUAUCAAGAUGGCUAAGGAUGUGGACCCAGACGGAAGGAGAACCCUGGCUGUUGUUACUAAACUUGAUCUCAUGGAUGCCGGGACCGAUGCAAUAGAUAUCCUGUGCGGGCGUGUGAUCCCCGUGAAACUGGGCAUCAUCGGCGUCGUCAACCGCUCGCAGCAAGACAUUAUCGAUAAGAAAUCCAUUACGGUAAACUUCUCUAUUGAUUCUUCUUGAUUAUUUUCUCUUCUUUUGUUAACUCCCGACGCAAAAACGACAGGCCAUAAAUUAUAUUAUUACCAUUACCGCCCCUAACUUACCUUUUUUCAGGUCCGCGUAAACGUAAUGAUAUCCCAAUUCCAAACCCUUCUCAACUCCUACGGCGAGGACGUUUCGGACAAGUACCAGACGCUGCUACAGAUCAUCACGAAAUUCGCCAGCGCUUACUGCUCCACCAUAGAGGGCACCGCGAGGAACAUCGAGACUACGGAACUUUGCGGCGGUGCGCGGAUCUGCUACAUAUUCCAUGAGACCUUUGGUAGAACUCUGGAUUCUAUUCAUCCGCUAGUAGGUUUGACGCGCAUGGAUAUACUGACAGCUAUCCGCAACGCGACGGGCCCGCGGCCGGCGCUCUUCGUACCAGAGGUGUCGUUUGAGUUGCUCGUCAAGAGACAGAUCCGCCGUCUCGAGGAGCCCUCACAACGCUGCGUCGAGCUGGUGCACGAAGAAAUGCAGCGGAUAGUGCAGCACUGCGGCACAGAAGUGCAGCAGGAGAUGCUGCGCUUCCCGCGCCUGCACCAGCGCAUCGUCGACGUGGUCACGCAGCUGCUGCGGACGCGGCUGCCCGCCACCAACGCCAUGGUGGAAAACCUAGUAGCCAUCGAGCUCGCCUACAUCAACACGAAGCACCCCGACUUCCACCGCGAGGCGGCGCUGGUGUCGGGGCUCCUGCAGAGCACAGACUCCAUGGACGAGAGCCCGAUGUUCCGCAAGCCCCGCGCCACGCCCUCUCCGGUAUCCACGUUGUUCAAACACGUACCGGCCAUCACCGACGGCCAAGAGCACAAAACUCCGACACACAAUAAUAACAGUGAAUCGCCAGUCACUCCGCAGAUGAACGGCGGGUCGCCGCCCGAGAAAGUGCUGACGCCCCAGAAACCAGUCAACCUUCUGCCCGAGGUGCCGAGCCAGCAGUCCCGCAAGCUGUCGGACCGCGAGCAACACGACUGUGAUGUCAUAGAACGACUGAUAAAAUCCUACUUCUACAUCGUGCGGAAAUCCAUCCAGGACUCAGUCCCGAAGGCGGUGAUGCACUUCCUGGUGAACUACGUGAAGGACAACCUGCAGUCGGAGCUGGUGACGCACCUGUACAAGUCGGACCAGGCCGACUCGCUGCUCAACGAGUCGGAGCAUAGCGCGCAGCGGCGCAAGGAGGCCGCCGACAUGCUGCGGGCUCUACAGCGCGCCGGUCAGAUCAUCAGCGAAAUCCGCGAGACGCACAUGUGGUGAUGCCCCGGAGAGUCUAGUCUGAAUUAGUUAAUGAGCCGCGGCUCCGUACACCGUGCAUGUACAUACCUAGCGUAGGCUAACUCGUGAGCAGUAGGCUUUGGACACAACACGCCGCUUGUGGCGAGGAACCGGUUUACAUACAUAGUCAAUACUUGAAACUCACACCUUGUUCCGGUAAUGGCAUUUAUUUGUGUGAUGAGCACAGAUAUUUUGUCCCUGAGACAUGGAUGUUUUCUAUGUAUAUAAUAUAAGUAUUGAUAUAUUAUAUAUAUCGCUGUCUCAGUAUCCACAACACAAGCCUUGAGCUUAUCGUGGGACCGUCAAUCUGUGUAAGAAUGUCAUAAUUUAUUUAUCCUCAAAAGAUGUGACACCCCUUGAGUUGCAGGCGUCCAUAGGUUACGGUGACCGCUUUCCAUCAGGCGGACCGUAAACCUGUUUGCCACCGACGUAGUAUAAAAAAGAGGUAGGCAGAGCACACGUAAAUGUUUGUUUCAGUGCCACUCUUAGCAAUAAAGCUGUUGAAGUCUCUCACAUAAAAUUUGAAUCGAUAUUCGACCCAGAGUCGACUUCUACAACACUCGCGGGAGGAAAGGGGGUGACAUUCUUAACCUCUUAAUCCCCUAAGGCCCCAUACAAAUGAAUAAAAGAAUAAAUGCCACUGAAAUUUUAACUUACAAUUCAGAGAAUAAAGUUUAUUUCUUUUUCAAAUAUGACGGAACCAAAUAAACGCAACUCUGUUCCAAUGUAAUAUAAUUUGAAUUUGAUCUGAAUAAGUACUACAGGUAGGACCUUGGGCUUUAGGAGGAUAGUAAUAAAUUUGGAGAAAUAACCGGUCUCCGAGCCUUGCUUUUAUUGCAAUCACAAUUUGUGUAGCUCUCUUCGCUAAAUCAUAAGUAAUGUUAUCAGUCCACAAGUAUUUGAAACCAAAUAAUCCUUAACUAAUUUGUAGACCCGACCGCAUUUUAGAUUUGGUCUAAGAUAAGUUAGCAACGAUUUUGACAGUAUGACAGAAAUGUUAUUUCAAACGUCAUCACUGAAAUUUUGA